AUGGAAGACAAGAAUAAGGAUAUAAAUGUUCUAAAGCAGAAUCUAAUUACUCUAAAGAAUGCUUUAAAAGACGAAAGAGAAGAAAGAGCCAGCAUUAAUUCACAGCUGCAAGUCCUAAAUGCUGAAAUUAAUAAGGUGGAGUUUCUUAUAGAACAAAGGGUAAAAAUUAUUUUAGUCGCUUUUAUUAGAGAACCUAAGGCUCGAGAAUCAUUCAACCAAAAAUGACUCCGAUGCAAAUUUUAAUAAUGAAAGCACGCCUUCAGAAAUUCUAGAUCAGACAAAAGAAAACCCAACCACAGGACCUUCCUACCUUGAAAGUAGCAAUCUGAAGCUAGAAGAAGAUAUAAGAAUUUUGAAGCAGGAAAAUAAAAAUUUAGCAAAAAAAGUUGAAGAAAUUAAAGAAUAUAAAGAAAAAAAUCAUUUUACGUCAAGAGAAGCGAGACUGAGAUUCCUCGCUGAAGAACUGAGAAAAGAAAUUACAGAAAACUCCAGUUAGUUAGCUAUUAAGAUUUGUAGAAAGUUCACUGUAAUUCCAUAAGAAUUGCCUACACCUAUAACGCUUCUCUGUUGUUGGCCAAUUCGUGUUUCACGACAUCGUAAAAGGCUGCUGCUACGGACAAGGGCCUGCACAAGCUAUCCGGUAGUCGGAUGAGCUGCGCCAUUGUGCCGUAUGCCAACAAGGGCUGCAUACCAUUGAAGGCUCAAAAGGAUUGAAUUUGCGGUCGGCCAACUCUAUAUCGCACUUCACCAAACCAAGAAAACUCCAGUAGGAUGCUCAUUCCCAAACUCCAUUCUCCCUUCCUUAAGGUCUCUGCGUACCUUAUGAGAUGCCAGCUACAGAUGUUCACUGCGCCAUUUUAGCGUAUACUGAAACUCGAGCAUCAAUAUCAAAAUCCAAAGCUGAUUACAAAAAUCUGAACGAUGAUAAUUUGCAGUUGAUUGAAUCUAAUGAUAUUCUUGGAAAACAUAUGAUAGUAGAGCAAAAAAAGUUUUGGAAGUCAGAAGAAAUAUUGACAAACUUAAAAAAACAGAUAGAAGCUAUGGAUGAAUAUCAAAAUGUACUUGAGGAAAGCGUUAAAAAGCAUGAAGAAAAAGAAUUAGAGAUGGCUGAGAUGCUUGUGGAAAUAAAAUCGAAAAUUGUGACAGCAGAGUCCUAUUACCAACAAUUCGAUGUAGAAAUUGUAUCUUCUUUGUUUAGCAAAGAAGCCAAACUUGUGAUAAGAAAGUCAAAUGAUGGAGCAACGGCGAUUGAAAUAAAUCAAGGAAAAAACAAAAAAGUCUAUGAUAUUGAUGAAAUAGAUACAAUUACACAUCAUGAAUUUAAGGAAAAUAGAUUUAUUAUGCAAUUUACAGCUGAAACUGUUGAGUUUGAGUGCUAUGAUUCAGAAGAAGUUGAUAAGAUAAUUUCAAUUAUAAGAGAAGUAAUGGUGAGGACUUUAAAGUGCUAA